UUUACGUUUGUUAGUUGGUAAAGAGCGUCGUGUGUCGUGUUAUUUGUAUAAAUGGCUAGUGAAGAAGAAGAAGUCCAUUGUCUACUAUCACGACAUCGCAUCCAAAUAAUUCGUGAACUAAAUGAAUCGAAAUUGGUGCCGGUUUUGGUUAAUAAAAAUAUUUUGAAUGGAAGUGACGAGGAAUUGGUGAAAAAUGAAUGUGAUUGUGAGAAAAAGUGUUCGCUGCUAAUUGAUUUUGUGUCCCGCAAUGGUUUUGAAAAGUUCAAAGAAUUUUGUUAUGCGAUCGAAACGGAGUGUCCGCAGCUAAUUGAGGAUUUAAUUAAUGAUCGACUGAAAUAUGAUAUCGACAGUAUUAAGGAUGUUGACGAUCCGAAAAAAGAAGAGCUGAAUAAUCAUGUCGAAAGCGAAAGAAAACCCAUAGACGCACACCAUCAACGAGCGAGUAGUUACAGUGGUUCUCAACAUACACCAUCGGUAGCAACCACAGUCAGACCGCAAUCACCGCAAAUACCAAUUCAAUCACCUGUAUAUUCACCGCUGUACGUGAACAAGAACGUUUUAAAUGGAAACGACAAUGAAACGCCGUUGCUGUACGACGAUGCAAAUAGUUUGAAUAAUUAUUCGUUGCUGUGUCAUGGUGUUACUCCCGGUGCAAAUAAUACGGUGAAAAAGAGGGAUAAAUUGAGGCAUCGGUUCAGCGAUGUGGGCAGUUGGGGUCGUAAGCGGAAAAACAAGAAGGGAAUUCGACAGUUUCAUUCGAUGAAUGAAACGAUUGAAGUGCUUGCCGAUCCGGUCAUUGAGGAUGAUAUUUUUGGAGACAGAACUUCAUUCGAAUAUCACACCGUACCGGUGACUCGCGUUCCCGGCUAUGGAUUUGGAAUUGCUGUUUCCGGUGGCCGAGACAAUCCACAUUUUGCGAAUGGUGAUCCAUCAAUAGCUGUCAGCGAUGUUCUCAAAGGCGGGCCAGCUGAAGAACGAUUACAGGUCAACGACCGAAUCAUAUCAGUGAAUGGAGUUUCUUUGGAAAAUGUUGAAUACGCUACAGCCGUUCAAGUGCUGCGUGACAGUGGAAACACUGUAACGUUGGUAGUGAAGCGACGUGUGUCCAAUUUGAAUAUGAUUGCAUCGCCCAAUCAUUCCCAUCAGCAUUCGCACAGUUUGGUCAGUUCUACUGGUCUCGGUGGAGCUGGUCCCGCUCAACAAACUAUCAAACUAGUGCUGAACAAAUCUAGUAAAAAGGACGAUUUUGGGUUGGUGCUCGGUUGCAGAUUAUUCGUCAAAGAAAUUUCAUCCAAAGCUCGGGAUCAAUUAGCAAUAAACGGAUAUUCGCUUCAAGAGGGUGAUAUCGUGACCAGGAUUCACAAUACAAAUACCAAUGAUUCAAUGAGCUUGAAAGAAGCGAAAAAGAUAAUUGAUGGCUGUAAGGAAAGAUUGAAUCUAUGUGUCAUUCGAGACACAGCCAGCAAUGCCAUCAGUUCGGGAAUGCAAAGUCCUGUGUAUUCUCACACAGCACAAGUAUCGAAUUGCAGCAACAACGACGACAGUUUUUUGGCUGGAGGAAACAAUUCGUAUUCAGCUCAAAAUUUAUACGUCCAACCACCGACACGACCGGCGAUGAGUACGCUUCUCGAUGAUAAGAGUAAUUUGACUCCACGUGGUAGAUCGCGCAAUCCUCUGACGGACGUAUCUUUGUUACAAUUAGAUCGACCGAGUACACCGCAAGGAGCACAUUUAGGACAUUCACGCAGUCGCAGUGGCAUAGAGGAGCCGCCAAGACCACCGCCACCAACUGAAGAUUUUUACAGUUCGCGACGACAAUUAUACGAAGAUGAUCCGUUACAACGGUCGAAACAAUCGGCGGAACCGAGAUAUAUUUCGUUCCAAAAGGAGGGAAGUGUUGGCAUUCGAUUGACCGGUGGAAAUGAAGCUGGUAUAUUCGUGACGGCCGUUCAACCUGGGAGUCCAGCUAGCCUGCAAGGUCUGACGCCUGGCGAUAAAAUACUCAAAGUGAAUGACAUGGACAUGAACGGUGUCACAAGAGAGGAAGCCGUGCUGUUUCUGCUUAGCUUACAAGAUCGUAUCGAUUUAAUUGUGCAGCAUUGCAAGGAGGAGUACGAUGCCGUGGUGGAAAAUCAACGUGGAGACUCGUUUCAUAUUAAAACUCAUUUUCAUUGUGAUAAUCCGACAAAAGGCGAGAUGACAUUCAAGGCUGGUGAUAUAUUCCGUGUUGUGGACACGCUGUAUAUGGGCAUCGUCGGUUCAUGGCAAGUGUUACGAAUCGGUCGUGGACAUCAGGAAAUGCAACGCGGUGUUAUACCGAAUAAAUCCCGUGCAGAAGAACUAGCCACAGCUCAAUUCAAUGCAACCAAAAAGGAAAUGAAUGCUUCCGAAUCUAGAACGAGUUUCUUCCGGCGGCGACGUUCAUCGUCACAUCGUCGAUCGAAAAGUUUGUCGCGCGAAAAUUGGGACGACGUUGUGUUCUCCGAUUCGAUAUCCAAAUUUCCAGCCUACGAACGUGUUGUGUUACGUCAUCCUGGUUUUGUCAGACCAGUGGUUCUGUUCGGUCCAGUGUCGGAUUUGGCGAGGGAACGACUGACCAAAGAUUUUCCCGACAAAUUUACGGCUCCUUUGCAGGAUAGUGACAAGAGUAAUAAAUGUGCCAUCGUAAGAUUGUCCAACAUUCGUGAUAUAAUGGAUCGGGGCAAGCAUGCACUGUUGGAUAUUACACCGAAUGCAGUCGACCGGUUGAAUUAUGCACAAUUCUAUCCGAUUGUAAUAUUCCUGAAAGCCGACACAAAGCACAACAUCAAACAACUGCGACAGGGAAUACCGAAGUCAGCGCAUAAAAGUUCUAAGAAAUUGUUCGAGCAAUGCCAAAAAUUGGAUCGCGUCUGGUCGCAUAUCUUCAGCAGUACAAUCGUUCUGAGUGACGUGGAAACGUGGUACCGGAAAUUGCGAGAUAGCAUCGAUCAGUUACAGAGCGGAGCCGUUUGGAUGUCCGAGACGAAGCCUGUCGAAUCACUAUCCGACGACUUCCUAUUCCCAAUGACAACAUCCCGACUAUCCUAUGCCUCCAGUCCCGAAUCGGAUCUGGAACUAAGUCCCGGACCAUCAUCGUCACUGUCAUUGGGCAAUUUACCGCAAUUAGUUAAAUCAAGCUCGGAUCCGUCGAUCGCUACUAACCAGGAUAAUUUGGAACGGGAUAGAGAGCUGGGUGACGGACUGCCACCGUACACGAAUCCAUAUGAACACAUGAAUGCAAAUGGUCAUCCACGGCGACCAACCAUAGACAACAAAUAUGGAUUUUCUACCGAUAAUCCAAAUCCGGAAUUUAAUAAAUCAAGAGCACCCACUUCACCGAAUGGCCAAGGACAACAAUUUUACGGCACUGUACCAGAACUGCCGCCACGCAUUGACCGAGCAUCUAAACCGCCUGGUGGCAUGCCAACGUCUCAGAGUACUCCAACGACCCCGUCGAGUAAAAACCAUUCUCUUGGUCGAUCGGCACAGGAGAGACUUUUCGGAAAUGCGAAAAAUAGCACUGAUCAUACCGACGGUCAAGAUGAAUAUGCCACACGAAAUAGUCUGCUUAAUUCGGUUGAGAAACGUGCCAACGGUAGCUCUUUAGAUCGAAAACAGAGUUCAUUGGAUCGUAGUUCGCGGUCAGCGACGACCAAAAAUAACGGCUCGUACGACAGUGUGUCCAGCUACGAUUCGUGCAAUACUACACAGAUUUCAAUGCAAAACUUACGAUUGGGACCAAAUGCACCGGAUGAUUUGAAGUCAGUACCAAAUGCAAAUGGUCGAGCUCCCAUUGGAAUAAACGAUUCAUUGCCAACACAUCCACCACACAAUUCUGCUCCACUUGGAGACGUGGCUUUGAACCGAAAUUCGUUACACGAUCAUUCAAGGAACUUGGCUGCAAUGAAUGGAAAAGGAGUUCAUAAUAGUCCCGGCCGACCAGGGUAUACUGGCGAGAUGCACAAUCGAAAUUCGGGUAUUGACCAUCGCCAUUCAAAUCCACCAAUGGGACUACAUAUACAACAGCGACCGUCCCAUUUAGGUCUGGAUGCCACUCCACCUCGAAAGCAGAGUUCAGUUGAAACGAAAACGGAUUACGGCAAAUACAGUCGUAACAAUUCAGUCACCCAAGCCGAUUACACACGAUCACCGAAAAGCCCAUCGAAUGGUCCGCCAAAUGUUCCAUUCAAGCCAGUACCGCCACCGAAGCCGAAAAACUAUCGUCCACCGAUGCAAAGUGGCCAGAUGCAUUCGGGUAAUUGGGAGAAUGGCGAACCGACAACACCACGUUCACCGAACGGAUUUUUCUAUCCGCCAACGCCAUCUCAUUAUCACCAUUCAAAUCCACAAGCGGCACCACCGCCUCCGAAUCCCAUGAACAAUCAUGGCCAACACAUGUCCAAUUACAGUCAGUAUAGCAGUGGCAAUGGUAAUCAUUAUCCGCCGAAUCCACCGUAUGGCAUGAAUGGAAACCAUUCGUACGGUGGACCGUAUCAUCAUCGUUCACCGCCGGUGUUAGGAAAUUUACCACAACAUCAUCCAUCCGAGAGACAUGCACUAGAUUUGGCCGGAAGUCGGGAACAAAGGGGAUCAGCAUUCGAGUUGUAUCGUAAGCCACAAAUUGGAAAUAACGGGCACCAUCACAAUAUGAGCAACAUGGAGCCACAUUACACAUCCGCAAUGCUAUCCAACGAGUUCAACGAACGGCAACAGUAUUACGGUAAUACACCACCGCCUCUGCCGCCACCGAAACCGAAAAAGACGUUCCUCAAAUCGCCGUUGGUCGCUCUAAAGCGAGCUUUCCUAAAAUCAACCAAACCGCUUCGACGACAGAACAGUUUAGUCGAUCCGGCACAUAAACCGCGACCGAUAUUACGUAGACAGCAUUCGAUGCUGGAGAAUCGUAGCCAUGCCGCGCUAAUGACACCGGAAAUGUCUCAUCGUCAGUAUAACGAUUACAAUGAGAAUAUGCAACGGUAUUUGGCUCGGCAUGAGCCAUUCUAUCCGAGGGAUUCGAAUAGCACGUACCAGAAUAUGGAAACGGAGGCAAUUUACGGAAAUUGCGGAAACGAAAAUUACUACGAACAAGACAAUUUGUACGCUAAUCGAGCGUUGAUUGAAUUGGAAAGACGUGCUAUGUCACAGCCGCCAUCAUCAUCAAGUGGUGGUAGAAUUGUGCGAAGACAUAGUAUGGCUGAUCGAUCAGUUGGCAUUCAGGAUCGAAGUAGAAUGGUGAGUCGUCGAACUGUGGAACAAGAUCCACCCGAAAAUAUUUAUCAGACCCGAAGCGGUGCUUACAUGAUGCAAGAUACCAAUAUGUCGAAUAUGGCCUACCGCAAAGGUCGUGAAGACGAGGCUAUAUAUCAAAGUCGAAAGGAGAUGCAUCGCGACCAUCUGUAUCAGAGCAAAAAAGAAAUGCAACAAAGGAUUCAUCAAGGUCGACUCGAAGCGGAACGAGCAGCAUCUGAAUCACCUGUCUAUGUGACUCGAAGGGAAAUGAUGUCCAGUGAAAGUAGUGAAGCUACUAGAGACCCCAUAUACCAGAGUAGACGAGAGUUGAAAGAAAAGGGUUUCCGAACAAGAACACAGCUCAGAGACCACAUCUACCAAAGUCGUAUCGAUGCAAUGCAAUCGAUGGCUGAACCGGUUUAUGUAUCAAAACGAGAAAUUAAACAUGAACCGAUUUACGAGUCUCGUGAGCCAGAGACUACGCAAGCUCAAUGUGGUGCCGAACUCUGUUCUCCUUCUGUUAAUGAUGCAACCAUGGAAUCUCUAGUAAUGAACAAAGAAAGUGGAGAGGAAGUGAUAGAAGAUGAGGACACUUUAACGAAUACAAAUCAAUCGGAUUCCCAGAAAUCGGUAACUUCAACAACAACGGACCGAACUGUUAUCGAAGCACCACAAAUUUCCGAAACCCCUCUCAGUCCUAGAGCGAAUCGGGCUCACAUAUCAAACAUAAUCAAACGAACUGCUCCUCCGCCUGUGGAUGACGGUCCAGUCGGAAUCAGUAGAACGUCGAUCGAAACUCAAUACACAUCUCAAGCAAGUCUUCCGAUCGGUCCACCGAAUGCCACUUCAACACCGUACGGCAGUUCGUUAGGACUGCCACCACUGCGUGAACCGUCGACAACACGAGGAGUUUUCGAUGCAAACGGUGGCACGUUGUGUGACAAUGUUUGGAACGUAUCGAUUACCAUUCCGCAAGGAGCAAUACCGCCAAAUGUUCAACAAGAGGUGUACUUCACCGUAACCGAUCCACGUUUGAGUCAAACUGUCGGAGGACCACCGCUGGAUAUGGAAAAUGGUGAAACAAUGCUGUCGCCACUGGUGAUGUGCGGUCCACAAGGUUUGGAAUUUCUGGUACCAGUUACGCUAAACAUUCCCCAUUGCGCCGGCCGAACAACAUCGUUGGGUUUGGCGCUGAAGGCCACCGAUAGUGAAAAGAAUUUGCAAACCAAUUGGGACAACAUCGAUCUGCCAAGUAAUGCAGCUGCGCAUACCGUUUCAGUGAAGGUUGAUCAUUUUUAGGUGAUAUUAUAAGUUGCUCUUAAGUGUUUAUGUAAAUUUUUUGAAUUUUGCACUUUAUUUUGUCUUCUUCUCUCGUUGUGGUCAUCUUUUCGUUGUUUAGUUUAGAAAUAAUGUUUAAUUAUAGUUUGUACGAAUACAAAGUGCCUUGUCCAAUUUUUAUUUCCAUUGUCUUU